AUGGAGAAAAGAAUAAUUCAAUUGAAAAAAGAGAAUCAUCAUUACAAAGAAUUAAGUAGGUCCCUUGUGUACAAAUAUAGUGAAAACAUAUCAGGUAAUGAUAAUUCUAAUAAGUAUAAUAAUGGUGAUAAUGAAAAUAUUUUAAAUAAUACAAGUAUCAAUGAAGAUGAAGAGAUUGAUGAGCUAGAUGAAAAUGAAUGUUUAAAUAAUCAAAGACCUGGAACUCCCGAUAUAAUCAAAUCAAUGAGAAAUAAGUAUAAUCACAUGCAAGAGAAUGAAAAUAUUAUUAAUUUUGAUGAGGAUAUUAGUCAAUCUGGAAAUGAGUCUAUUUAUAGUAAUUAUAGCGAUACUAACAAAAAUACAUUGAAAAGGAAAUAUAAAAAGUCAAAUGCUGAAAUUGAAAUAGAUAAAGUAAAAACUAAACUUAUAAACAAUUUGAAUAUAUUAUCAAAAAACAAUAUCUUAUAUCUUAAAUUAAAAAAUAACAAUAGAGAUACUUUAAAAUUAUUAUCAGAAAUAUAUCUAAAAUAUAUAAAUGAUGACGAUAUAAAUUACAUUGAUAGUGUUUAUGAGUGCUAUGAUAAAAAUAAGUCACGGUUUUUAAAAAAUUUAGAAAUAAGUUAUAAAAUACAUAGCAGUAAAAAAUUAGUUAACAGUAACUACAUAUUUCCAUUAUAUACAUUUAACAAAAUCAAAAAGACAUCAGUGGAUGAGUUGAUUUAUAAUCUCGAAAAUAUUUUAUAA